CCUAAAAACGCGUUUGUUGUUGUACUCCGCAAAUAGCAGUGAUUGUCCAACUCAUUAUCAUUUAAUCGAAAAUUUUUGCUGAUAUUGGGCGUUUCAAAAGUAAUAAUUAGUGGAAUUCGCUCAAACGCUAGGUUAGGUUACAACAUAAAAAAAAACUAAAAGCUUCAACGCAAUCUGCAAAGCUGCAUAAAAAUGCCUGCAACGGUGGCGCACGUCUCAGGAGAUAGCGAUAAACACAGCAGUGAUACAACGGCGAUCCUAUUCUUCAAUGAUCAUGUCUUUAGUGCUGGAGGUGAUGGGAAAGUUAAGAUAUGGAGCAAAGAGUUACAGCUUGUAAAAGAACUGACACCGCACGAAGGAUACAUUUAUGCCAUGGCCAUCGAUUCAAAAGGUCGGCUUUACACCAGCAGCAGCGACGGUACAAUCAAAUGCCUUAUGAACCCUUUGGUCAGUGAUGAAUGCAAAGAGCUGCUGAAAUGCAACGACGACAUCGAAUGCCUGUUUGUUGAUGGCAAAGAUAAUAUGUACAGCGGUGACGACAAGGGCAUCAUUACAAUGUGGAUCGAUCAGCGAAUCAAGUACAAGUUUAACGUUGUGGAGCAGGUGCGUUCGUUGGCCAUACAACACAACAUAAUCUACUCUAUUCGGGAUAAUGAUCUCACCGUGACGGAGAUCAUCGAAGGUUCCGCUUCUGGACGGUUUAUGACAAAGGCUACCAUCCCGGGAAGAUACCCAGUAACGCUGUGCGGAAGCUGUAGUGAAGAUGGGCUUUAUAGUAACGUAGCUAUACUUACGCGAGAUGGUUUUGGUGUUACUAUGAUCGGUAAUAGUCGGAAAGAGCACUAUCCCAUCAUGUGGACCAAAGAGAAAGCGCACGGCAUGAUCAUAAACGCUAUGGGAGCAAAGGAUGAGUAUCUUUACACAGCUGGGUAUGACGGUACCGUAAAGCAAUGGUCUGGAUUAAACGCUCAUGAACCUACACUGAAGGGUGAGCUGGCAUUGGGUUCUGGUGGAGUUUGCAUCAACUCUGUCGCUGUUGGUGCUGACAAAACCGAUGUGUACGUGGGAUGUAGCGAUGGAACUCUUCAAUUGGUGAAGUUUGGCUAGGUCUCUUGUGCAACUGACCGGCCUUUGAGGAAAACUCGAUUAGAACGUGGAUGCCUUGUGCUAUCGGGAACUGAUGCGAAAGCAACCAGGCUAGAUGAGUAUAUGCUUGCCUACAGAUAAUCUACCUAUCAGAAACAGUUACUAUAACCGUCGCUUCCAUUAUUUAAAUGCAGCGAAACGAUGGAAUGCAUUGUGAUUGGAAAGCGGUUCGGUUUUAACAUUAGUUUAUAUCGUUUAACUGUCUGAGCCAAAGUAAUCGCAAGUACUAGAGGCAAAGAGAACCAAAGUCGAACGGUUUGCUGUGAAAAUGUGAAAUAAAUGCAAACUGAUUGAUACCAUUUUAA